AAAAAACCAAAUUCACAUUAUCAUUGGUGUAAAGAUUGUUAUUCUGAAAUAUUUCAAAAAAAUUUUAGUAAUUGGACUAGUGAAAAUGUAUUCAUUGACAAAUUUAUUCAAAAAUUACAAUUAAAUGCAAGAAAUAGGUUUGAAUUACUUGAAUGGAUAGUUCAUGAUCGUUUAAGAAAUAUUAAAUUCUUAGCUCAAGGUGGAUUUAGUACAGUUUAUGAAGCAAUUUGGUUAGAUGGAUUAAUAGAUAAAUGGGAUUAUGAAAAUCAAAAAUGGGAACGUGAAACUGAAGAACUUGAUGAACAAGUUAGAGAUGUGAUUGAUAAUAAAAUUAAAAAUCCUCUUAAAAGUGAUGAAAAAUAUGGUUAUUAUGUGGUACUCAAAUGUUUGGAUAAUUCAUCAAAUAUGGAUGAUCAUUUCUUAAAUGAAUGGGAAAUACAUCUACAAUGCCAGCAUAAAGUAACAUCAAAUGGAUCUAUUCUUGUCCCAUUAAUUGGUAUAACGAAGGAUCCGGAUACAUCAAAUUAUAUGGUUGUAAUGGUUAAAUUACCUUUUGGUAGCUUAAGAAAUAAUUUAUUAUUAAAAAAAUAUAAUCCAAAUGAUAAAUAUCAUAAUUUAUUUUUAAUUUCAACACAACUUGAAGCUAUUCAUGAGUUAAAUUUAGUUCACGGAGAUUUUCAUAGUGGAAAUUUACUCUGUCAUGAUCACGAAUUAGUAACUAUUAGUGAUCUUGGAUUAUGUAGACCAAUUGAUCAACCUAAUAUAAAAGAUGGUAUUUAUGGAGUUCUUCCUUAUAUUGCACCAGAAGUUUUGCGUGGAAAACCAUAUACAAAAGCUGCUGAUAUAUAUAGUUUUGGAAUUAUUAUGUGGGAGUUGACAUCAGGAGUUCCAGCAUUUCAUAAUAUUCCUCAUGAUUUAAAUCUUUCUUUGGAUGUUUGCAAGGGUAUUAGGCCAGAAAUUGUGAAAGAAACAAUCCCUGAAUAUGUCGAAAUAAUGAAAAAAUGUUGGGAUAAUGAUCCCGAAAAAAGGCCAACUGCUAAAGAGUUAAAAAAUUUUUUUUUCAAAUGGAUUGAAAAAUAUAAAAUAGAAGAAGAUGAAGAAAAUAGAAUACCUAUUCCCGAUAAUGAAGAAGUUAAAUGUCAUCCAGAAUCUUACUACACAAGUAGAAAAAUAGAUUAUUCGGAUGAAUUAAACCAACAAUUUGAAUUUGAAUUAAGUAAUAAAAUUGUAAUUACUGAAGAUAAUCAUGAUUAUGAAAUAAAAAUGAGUGAAAGUUUAGGCAAAAAUUUAUUAGUUUAUUUCUUUAUUAUCGGUACAUUAAUUUUUUCAAAAAUGUACAGUCAGACCUUGAUAUACCGAUAUUCGAUAUACUGAUAUACGAACUUGAUCUAACGAUGGAACUUUACUAAUAUAACGAUAUUUUCAAAGAUUUUCAGAUGGAUCCUGACAUAUCGUUGUAUCAGAGUUUGACUGUAUGGUACAAAAUUUCUGGCAGGUGAUACAUAAAAUAUUAAUUUCAUCACAAAUAUCAAACAAGAGUUACAUUUUUAUACUUCAAUAAUAUUUCUGAUUAUUAAUAUGGUUUUCUUAAUUGAUAUAUAGCGAAAUUCCUUUUUCAAUUGAU